UUUCCUAAUGGUAUAACCAGUUAGUAUACUGAAUACUGAUAAUGCAGUAAUAAACAAUACCAGUAUACCAACACAAGUUAAUGAUCAACUGAUGAUUACUGGAGUAAUAACUGUACCUAAUAAUUUAAUUGGGUUUUUUGUUAAUGUAUCAUUCAGUAACCUUGGAGGAGAAUUGUUACCAAUACCUUCUUUUGGAUUUGAUUAUCUUGGUCCAGUUACUAACAUUGACUCUUCAAUUGACAACUGUUCUACUAUUGAUAUAACAUGGACUGCUCCUACAGUUGAUGAUAGAGUAUCUAUACAAUACUAUAAUGUCAGUAUAUAUGAUGAUAUAACUGGUCAGUUCUUGAGGAAUGUAUCAGUAUAUGAUACCACCACUCAUCAGUUUAUGGAUGGUGAUUUAUUUCGGACUCGUUAUACAUAUGUUAUAACUGGAGUUAAUGAAUUAGGAGAAGGAAUAUCUAAUAAUACUACAUUCUCAUAUCAAAGAGUACCAAGAUCAGUGACAGAAGCUGCUUCAGAUAUACUUGAGAUAACAUUUAAUGAGACUAUUGCUAAUGCUUCCUUUAAUAUACCAAUUACACUCGAGUGUACUGGUGAAGCUCCUGAGAAUGUCACAGUUGUUGUAGAGUGUACUGAAACUGAUGUUUUAUAUGAUAAUACUACACUAGUGGAAUAUGCUAAACGACCAAUGAACAUAACAGGAUCAGUACCAGUACCAUUAUAUGAACAGUGUAAUAUCAGUAUUAUAUUUAGUAAUGAGGCUGGUAGUAGUGAACCAUUUAUACUAGAAUUUGACACUACUCCUACACUACCACCUACAGGGACUUCAUCUCCUGAUCUAAGACCAGAAAUUAUUGGAGCUAUUGCUGGUAGUAUUGCUGUACUGAUAAUACUGAUAAUAGUGAUAAUAGUGAUGGUGGUGGUUAUAUGCUGUAUGAUGCGAAGAGAAGAUCUACCACCAGAAGGUCCACCACCAGAAGGUCCACCACCAGAAGGUCCACCACCAGAAGGUCCACCACCAGAAGGUCCACCACCAGAAGGUCCACCACCAGAAGAUCUACCACCAGAAGGUCCACCACCAGAAGGUCCACCACCAGAAGGUCCACCACCAGAAGGUCCACCACCAGAAGGUCCACCACCAGAAGGUCCACCACCAGAAGAUCUACCACCAGAAGGUCCACCACCAGAAGGUCCACCACCAGAAGAUCUACCACCAGAAGGUCCACCACCAGAAGAUCUACCACCAGAAGGUCCACCACCAGAAGGUCUACCACCAGAAGGUCCACCACCAGAAGAUCUACCACCAGAAGGUCCACCACCAGAAGAUCUACCACCAGAAGAUGCUACUGCUGAUAAAGAGAAAAAUAAGCGGGAAGAAACUAAAUUGUAAUUAAUUCUUUGACAGUCCUCAUCCAGACUGGUUGCCAAUCUGUCAUUCUAUAAUAUUUCUAUGUUUUAUAGGUAGUAGUUUAAUGCAAAUUAA